UGGGUUCAUCGCGGUGCUGAAACGACAGAGACAGCGAAGACCGAAAUCACAACCACAGAACCACAGACAACGGCAUCUACUCCAAAAACAACUCCUCCCCUAAUUCGACGUAACUUUGUGGCGAAGCGUAGAAAGGAUAUUGGUGUGGAGUAUGGCAGUCUUAGUCAUGCACGCUUUUACACUGUAAUAUCGACACUCUUGCUGUUUAUAAUCACCAUAUACUAUAUGAAAAAGAUCUACACCUAUUUGCAACGUACUCGUGAACGAGGAGUUACGGGGAAAACUACUCAACAAAAAACGGAUUCGAAACAGCGCAAAAAGAUUGUACAAUGCGGUAGCUCUCUAUUUGCUUCUGCUGCUCCCAGUACCGGUUCACCAAAUGAGGUAAGCUUCAUAAGUUCAGCUCUACUCAGGGAGAGAUUUUUGGGAAGAACUACCUGGGACGUACUCAUAGUCCUUGUGGUAUUUGUCGCGAGAAAGGCCUGCGACGAAUCCGACACAGACCUCACCACUGAAAUGCCUCCCCUAACGGAACCAGAAGUCCCGCCUCCGAUCGAAGUGGUUGUAAUUCCUGAUCUGAAAAAAGCCGAACAUACUGUAUUGGACAUCAGCUGGAAGUCGCAUCACUACACUGCAACUCCCAGCUAUAUAAUCGAGCUUUACGUGGGCCAGAUGGAUUCUGACGAAUCGACAGAGUCAAUGUUUGAUCCAUGGUUACUGAUUCUUGAAACGACGAGAUGUUGCAAUAUAACGUAUCAUCAUACCGGAGAGACAGCCGCCACUAAAGUACGCAUAGCAGCGGAAGUUGAUGGCUUAACCAGCGAAUACACUGAAAGCGGUGAGUCAUCCGAUCUACCGUAA